AGAAUUACCUUUCGUCCGGGAAAAACAACAGCUGAAUAGCUGAUUGUCAGUGGUAGAUUGACACAGUGAAAAUUGCUUUUGACAGCAAAAUUUGCAGAAUGUUGUCAAUGGAACGAAUCCCUGACCAAAUUGGAUAUCUCGUGUUGACUGAGGAUGGAGCAGUACUUGCGUCUGGCGGUGAACUUGAAAAUGAUGAGUGGGUGGCCAACAUCGUAACUGGUUUAGUUACAAUGACUGAUAAGAUUGAUCCAAACACACUAGUUGGUAAUGAAGCCUUCAACAAAAUUUCCAUCGUUUACCAGAGCCAUUGUUAUGUUAUUUGCCUAUCAAAUAAAAAAAUUCACGUACUGAAGAAAAAAAUCCGCCCCUCCAACAGCAAUCAGCCAGUUGCAGAACAGCAGAGCCUCAUAGAAAUUUAAGACAUUGGUCGAUUGUCAAGAGUUUAAACUAAGUUACUCUUUUUUUCUAGCAGUAGUUAAAGAUGUUAUUAAAAAGAGCAAAAAAAAUAUUCAUUGAUUAUUUCCACAAUUUUUACAUGAGAAAUUAAUGAUCCAAAAAUUUUUAUUUUUAACUCUCGAAAUUAGUUGAGAGAGAAGCCAUCUAACCAGAGCGAAGUAAAAAGUCUGCACUAAUCAAAAUUCACUGUUAUCACUUGAUAAUGUAUUUAAAAAAACUCCACCAUUCGCACAAAUACAUUUAAUUCACAAACUAAA